AGUCACUGCUGGAUGGGGGCUCACAGGUACAAGGCCAGGACCAGGGGAGGUGGGUUGGUUCUUACAGUGUCACUGCUAGAUUGGGGCUCACAGGUACAAGGCCAGGACCAGGGGAGGUGGGUUGAUCCUUACAGUGUCACUGCUAGAUUGGGGCUCACAGGUACAAGGCCAGGACCAGGGGAGAUGGGCUGGUCCAUACAGUGUCACUGCUAGAUGUGGGCUCACAGGUACCAGGCCGGGCCUGGGGAUGUGGGUUGGUCCUUACAGAGUCACUGCUGGAUGGGGGCUCACAGGUACAAGGCCAGGACCUGGGCAGGUGGGUUGGUCCUUACAGAGUCACUGCUAGAUGUGGGCUCACAGGUACAAGGCCCGGACCAGGGGAUGUGGGUUGGUCCUUACAGAGUCACUGCUAGAUGUGGGCUCACAGGUACAAGGCCAGGACCUGGGGAUGUGGGUUGGUCCUUACAGAGUCACUGCUAGAUGUGGGCUCACAGGUACAAGGCCAGGACCUGGGCAGGUGGGUUGGCCCUUACAGAGUCAAUGCUAGAUGGGGGCUCACAGGUACAAGGCCAAGGCCUGGGGAUGUGGGUUGGUCCUGACAGAGUCACUGCUAGAUGGGGGCUCACAGGUACAAGGCAGGGACCAGGGGAUGUGGGUUAGUCCUUACGGAGUCACUGCUAGAUGGGGGCUCAUAGGUACAAGGCCGGGCCCUGGGGAGUUGGGUUGGUCCUUACAGAGUCACUGCUAGAUUGUGGCUCACCGGUUCAACGCCGGGCUUGGGGAUGUGGGUUGGUCCUUACAGAGUCACUGCUAGAUUGGGACUCACAGGUACAAGGCUGGGACCUGGGGAGAUGGGUUGGUCCUUACAGAGUCACUGCUAGAUGGGGGCUUACAGGUACAAGGCCGGACCUGGGGAGAUGGGUUGGUCCUUACAGAGUCACUGCUAGAUUGUGGCUCACAGGUACAAGACCGGGCCUGGGGAUGUGGGUAGGUCCUUACAGAGUCACUGCUAGAUUGGGGCUCACAGGUACAACGCCGGGACCUGGGGAGAUGGGUUGGUCAUUACAGAGUCACUGCUAGAUGGGGGCUUACAGGUACAAGGCCGGACCUGGGGAGACGGGUUGGUCCUUACAGAGUCACUGCUAGAUGGGGGCUCACAGGUACAAGGCAGGGACCAGGGGAUGUGGGUUGGUCCUUACAGAGUCACUGCUAGAUUGGGGCUCACAGGUACCAGGCCAGGCCUGGGGAUGUGGGUUGGUCCUUACAGAGUACUGCUAGAUGUGGGCUCACAGGUACAAGGCCCAGACCAGGGGAUGUGGGUUGGCCCUUACAGAGUCACUGCUAGAGGGGGGCUCAAAGCUACAAGGCAGGGACCAGGGGAUGUGGGUUGGUCCUUACAGAGUCACUGCUAGAUGGGGGCUCACAGGUAUACCUGGGUAUGGAUGUGAAGGAGUUGGUGCAGAUGUUCAGACACAAGGUCGUCAUGCUCUUCAAACUUGUGCUGCUCGAGAGAAGGGUGCUGGUUACCGGAGCCCCUGUAGAGAGACUCGGCAACACACUCAUGUCUCUACUCUCACUCUUCCCAGGCAUGAUAGAACAUGGUCUUGACGAGAGCACGAGCUACGGGAAACAUAAAAGUGUCAGCCCAACUAUGAAGAAUGUAGGGCUGGCAGAAGAUUCUGACGACUUCCUCGAGAUCAGGUAUAGUGGCGAUAAGUCUCCAGAGCUGUCCGUCAUAUCUGGGGGAGAUACAUUUCCAGCUGUGGAGCCUUCCUCCCCUACCAUGGAUCGUGGACUAGAUUGGCCCAAUUUUACAUUGAAAGAUAAUCACUCAAAGGAAUCACUCACAUCUUUAAACCAUUCUAGUCUCACAAAUAACAAUUCCAAGGUCGCAAAUACAAACAAUUCAGACUUAAAAAUUCAUAAGGCUGUGAAAAGGAGAAAUAGUAGUGAACCUUCAGUAAGUAACUCUGAACUUGGCGAGACGUUGGACUAUGUGGAUGAUUACUAUACAUCGGAUGCAAAACAAAGGGCUGAUACACAAUUUGACAAAAUAGGAACUGAGCAUGCAAAUGCAAGUGAUAUAAAUGAAAGUUAUUCCGGUGAUCACCAGAGGAUUGUACUAGCGGAGGACAGCAAUUUACUGACCGGGGUCACUUCAUAUGAGGCAGUACAGAAGGGUAAAAGCAUUCCAAAAAAGGGUUCUGUGAUAAAUAUAGAGGAAUACUCACUCGAGAUUGCGGAAAACCAUUUUGGCAGCCUGCCAAAGGAAAUCCUUGGUCAAGGUCAAGAUGGCAAAGAGGAUGUUUCAAGCUCAUUAAAGCAAAGGUCACAAACAGAAGAAAGUGUUGAAGAUUUGGAUUCUCCAGAGAGCAUCAGCAAGAUUGAUCAAGAAGAUUGUUUCUCGUGGGAAGAUGAUAACCUAUCUCUCGCCAUUAACACUGACAAAGGGAGUCUAAGCCUGGAUGAGAGUGCAGGACUGGCUAGCUCAUUUAAGGAUAUGCCAACUCUUCAGCGAAACUUGUCUGAAGGAUCACAGGGCAGUGGGAAUGGUAGCUCUGCUCUGGACAGGACAAACUCUACAGGGUCCCAGAAUGAGGGGAAAGAAGUUGAAGAGCACAGAGAGGGGCAAGACCAGGUGGGGGAGGGGCUUAGUCCAGGCGUAAAAGCAGCUGCCAUUAAAAGUCGUCUUACAAAUGCACUGAGUGGCCUAAGUUUAAAGCAGCGACUGUCCCGCAGUAAACCUGGAUCAAGGGAGACAAGCGAGCCCCCAUCUCCAGUCAGCAGUGAGUUACCUCCCCUGUCACAACUACACCAAGAUGAUAUGGGUUUUCCCCUCGCUGUCUUUACAAAGGGUUGUGUAUGCUACCCAUACCUAUCCCUACAGUAUUUUGAUCUGUUGAGUGACGUGAACAUACGUGGCUUUCUUAUUGGAGCCACUAACAUGCUGUUCAGGCAGAAACGACAUCUUACAGACGUCAUUAUUGAUGUUACAGACAACAAGAUUGAGAUGCAUGAUCGUGAGUUACAGCGCCACCUUGUGUUGACCACAGCAGACCUCAGGUUUGCUGACAUUCUGGUGAAGGCUGUUACAGGCUCCGGGGAUGAUGGAUACUUUGAGGGCACGGAGUGGGAAGGGAAUGAUGAGUGGUUGAGGGCCCAGUUCCGACUCUACCUUGAGGCACUGAUUGCUACCAUCAACACUGAUGAUGCUAAGCUGUUGGAGGAUUUUGGUGGGUCGUUUGUGCAAUGCUGGAAGACAACACAUAACUACCGGGUGUUGGCUAGCACAGAGAGACCCGGGCUAACUGGGGAACAGGCAGGGCAUCCAUGUCAAGGCAACCUUAGUAUGGCUGAUAUUAAAGUUCGGCUUGCACAUACCAUGCAUAAUACGGAGGGUGGCAAGAAGAUUAAUGCUGCCGUGUCCCAGACAGGAAAAUAUGUCGUACAGACGGGAAAGGCUGUUGGUGGGGCAUUAACACAGGCCAAAUCCUCCCUGUCCUCCUGGUUUUCGACAUGGAAGACCAGCAACAAUAUAUAACUAGUGGCAUUCAUAGAUGCAAGGGGGGGCAUUAUGAUAUCUUUAUAUUAAAGUAAAUGGCUAAUACUUAGAUUCAUUGCUGAUGUCAAAUUUUGUAAUAAAUAUUACUGAGUGUCCAUUUAUUGGUCAUUGAACAUUUAUAUAUGUAUGGUACAAUCAUGCUUUGUUAGUUAAUUGAAAAAAGGUUUUUUUGUCUGUUUUCUCGUAGAUUUAUUUAAAUAGAGUUAAGUUUAUUAAUCAUUUUAAUGGCUUAUUCAUUAUACAUGUAUGUUUGUGACAUAUCCAUUUGCUUGUUGGUGUUUUUCAAAUAUGAUAUUACUUCUAUCUUUUGUCAUAAUUGUUUGUGCAAUAUCAUGUGUCAUUCCUGACUUUGUUUAGUAAUUAUUACUGUAUGUGAAAUAAAUGAGAAAUAACUU